UAUUUCAGUUUUCAGGCGUAAUGUCAGAAAAAUCAAUAAACAAAUAACCUAAACGAAUCGAAAUGAGUGCAAGUUUUCCUUUCUUUGUGACGGUAUAGUGAAAAUGGACAACAGCAGUGAUUAUGAAGACAAUGAAAUACCUAUUUGGCAGGAACCAAGAAGGGAACCUUUGGGUGCUCCGAAAGAAACACUAUGUGACGAAAGUCCGCCAGAACAAGAUAAUGGGGACAGAUUACACGCUUUGGAAGAAGAGCAGGAGAUUCUAUCGUCAUCAGUGUUUUCCUUGACAUCUCAUCUCGCGCAAGUAGAAUUCCGUUUACGGCAAAUACUAAAAGCUCCUCCAGAAGAGAAGGAUGUUAUGUUGAAGGCACUUGAAGAGUUCACGUCUCGUGGAGUAGCUGACACGCGAGCUGCACCCCAAGGGAGCUCCGGGGAAGCGAACUGCAGUGAGUGUAUGGAGUUAGAACGAAAAAUGCGUCGACAACGCGCUCGGCAAUCUCACUUCAUCGAAAGAUUAAAAGCUCAAUUAAAAGAACUGGAAAGAUUCGCGUCGGAUCCUAACUGCCUCGGUGAUAGCAAACACAGAACAUUAAUAGAGCAUUUACGAAGUGAAAUAGACCAAAGUCUGGAGGAAGGCUGCCACCAACCCCUCAAUGUUGACGAAUUAAGGCACCAAAUCAAUUGUGCUGUAAAACAGUAUGCUGAUAGGCAAUUAUCCAAGGAUGAAAUCAUUAGUAAACUACAGGUACACAUAGAAGACAUGCAGAAAUUUAUCAAAUUGAUGAAAACUGAAGAAUUAAAAAGUAACGAUGUUAAAACAAAAACAGAACCAAAGAAAGUGAAAUCAGAAAAUUUUGAGAAGAAUUUCAAUAGGAAUAAGACAAAUGAUGACCUGAAAGCAGAAACUAUAAACUUGAUGAGGAAAGCAUCCACGUUGAUCCAAAUAUUUACAGUGUCACAGUUUGGAUGUUCUCCAAACACUAGUAGAUCGUAUGAAAAGAAAUCUACAAUAGUCACACAUUGGGGCAACUUACGAGCAAAAUUGGAAAUGUCAAUAGAUGCUGUUCUCCAUUUAGUAUCAAGGGACAGAUCAUCACAUACAAUUAUUGACACUUAUGACAGUGAAUCAGAAGAAGGUGGCAUUGUUAUCAAUGAUGCUCCUUUGACAACAGCUGUGCGAAGACAUUUGGCUGUGAACUUACGAGACUUACUAGAACAUGGCUUGACAGGCCCUGAAUCUACAUCUCUUGUUCCUAUAAUAGGCUGUUUUCCUGUCCGAAGAUCAUCUUCAAGCAACGCCCCUCACAUUUGGGAGUUGAUAUUGCGGUAUUACGAACUGAACGAUGGAGAUCGGUUUAACUCUACACCGGCCAGAAAAUUGAGUCAAAGCUUUAACUUAGAUAUAGUAGGUGGUACAACUAUAACUAACAAGCAAGGUUUGCUCAGUGCGAUUGGAAGUAUACUUGCUUCUCACACGCCUUAUAAAAGAAGUUACGAUGCUCAUUUCAAAGCAUUUGUUUGUGCCGCUUUAAACUCUCACAAGCUUGUUGUUUGGUUAAACAUUAUGCUUAAAAGCAGAGCAUUAAUUGAUGCUUACUAUUCAUCAACAAGCUAUGUUGUUAACACCGGUUUUCAAGACACAUUACAGAGUCUAGACCGCCUGACUCCGCACAACUUUGAAUUACCUGUAGAUCUUGCAGUGAAACAGUUUCAGAACAUUAAGGAUGUAUUUAUGUAAUUUUAAGAGUACUUUUAUACAUAAUCAAACUUUUAUGAUGCCUUCCACAACUGAUUUUGCUGUAGCCUAAUUAUUCUAGUCUUUAAUUAGUCAUAAUGUUGUAAAUUAGGCCUUGGCUGUUAUAAAUUUGUAUCUGAUAAAGUA